GUCACUAUAGGCACAGGUUCUAUUCAGCACAGACAGACCAUGAAAUCCAUUCUCCUGACAACAAUUCUUAUCCUUCUGAUGUGGGGCUCUGUAACCCAGGCUAUAAAAAUACAGGUUGGUAAAUUCACAUACUCACUGGAGUCAGUAAACAACUUGAAAAAACUGAUGGAAGAAGAUGGAAACGAUGGCGCUCAAGUAGCCCAUAAACUGUGCGAUGAUCACAGGCUCCCAGAGGAAUUUUAUCCAGUGUGUCAGGAAGUAGAUGCUCCGGAGAUCUUUAUUAAAUUGGCAGUUGAAGCUGCAAAUAAUGUGGAUGAGUGUGAAAUAUGCGCCAAUCCAGCUUGCCCCGGCUGCUGACGUUCUUCUUCGUGAGUCAAGAACCAAUCAACAGCUCAUUCUAACAAGUCUCUUAGACUCUUCAAUGGAAACAAGUCUUCAUGGUCUCAGCGUCGUCCGUCAUUUAAUCACCAGACGAUGUGAGCACCGCAGCACUAUGAAAUGAACUGGAGGUCAUAGAAAAAGUAAAGUCAUUUAUUAAAUCCCACUGUACAUAAUGUGCAGUAGAAAAAAGACUCUUGUAUUCCUGGUCCAAUAAAAUCUACUCUUUUAUCUCAGUGGCUGGGAUGUGUCUGCAUGUAAUUAUCAUAUUACUCUGAUCCUUUUUUAUUUUAUUGUUAAGCAAACAGAAUAAAGUGAAUUCAACAUC